CCCUCUCUUCUUUCCCACACUCAAAUCCAAUUCCACUCCCACCGACCAAAACGCGCAACACGUUGUAAUUAAAACGACACCGAAACUAAUGGGCGUCUUCAGCGAAAACCCGAAUCCGGACCCGGUUGUGAUCCGCCAGGUUUGGGCUUCAAAUCUCGAAUCCGAAUUCCAACUCAUCCGCGAACUCAUCGACCACUAUCCUUUUAUCUCGAUGGACACAGAAUUCCCCGGUGUUGUUUUCCGACCACACCUGGACCCCACAAAACCCUACAACCACCGCAACAACAAUCGCAACCGCCACUCCGACCACUACCGCCUCCUCAAGUCCAACGUCGACGCUCUCAACCUCAUCCAGGUCGGCCUCACUCUCACCGACGCCGCCGGCAACCUUCCCGAUCUCGCCGGAAACCGCUCCAUCUGGGAAUUCAACUUCCGUGACUUCGACGUUGCGCGUGACGCCUACGCGCUGGACUCCAUCGAUCUCCUCCGCCGUCAAGGAAUCGAUUUCGCGCGUAACGCCACCGACGGCGUAGACUCCACGCGCUUCGCUGAACUCAUGAUGUCUUCGGGACUCGUCUGCAACGAUUCCGUGAGCUGGGUGACGUUUCACAGCGCGUACGAUUUCGGUUACUUGGUGAAGAUCUUGACGCGCCGUAACUUACCGACGCGGUUGGAAGAAUUCUUGAAAACCGUGAAGGUGUUUUUUGGGGACAACGUUUAUGAUGUCAAGCACAUGAUGAGGUUCUGUGACACGCUCUACGGCGGAUUGGACCGCGUCGCACGGACGCUUAACGUGGAACGCGCCGUAGGGAAGUGCCACCAGGCUGGGUCAGACAGCUUGCUGACGUGGCACGCGUUCCAGAAGAUUGUUGACAUUUAUUUUGUAAAGGAUGAGCACCGAAAACACGCCGGUGUAUUGUAUGGACUAGAGGUCUUCUGUUAAUUACAAAAAUUAUUAAAUCAUAAAAAUAAUAAAAAUUCAUUUGAUUGAU